UUAUAAAUUAUUCUUUCUCUUAAAAGAUUCUUUGAAACUAAAAAAGAUUAACUUUUAAAGUUGAUAUUUUAAGUAGAUAAGUACAUGUCCUUGCACAACUUUUAAAACUUUUUAAUCUGAGCAAUUUUCAAAUCAUCACGAUAUAAAAGCUUCAAUUCAAUAACUUAAAUUGAUUAUCCAAUUGUUACAAUGGAGCGUAAAAAUGUGUAUGAAGGUACUUUAAUGGAAUAUUGUUUUAAAAUGCAACAUAUUUGUGGGGUUGAUCCAAAACGCCAAGAUUUUUGGAGUCACUUAAGGACGACUCUUUUCUCUGUUCAAAUGAUUUUUGGAAUCAUUUUAAUCACAAUUGACGUCUUUUUAGAUUGGAAUGGAUUAGAGAGUUUAGAAAAAGCUUCUUUAUUACCAGUUUUUAUCCAGGUUUUUAUAAAAUUCAUGUUUAUUAAAGUAGCUUCAAAAUCCCUUCGAAGUUUAUUAAACCAAAUCGAAAAUUUCUGGCCGAGGGAUUACUUAGGAAAAGAAGUUCAAGAAAAAAUAAACUCAAUCCAUGUUAAAUCACGAAAAAUAUUUUUAGCAUAUUUUUGGUCGUGCUUAUUUUGCGUGAGCAUUUCUUUAGCGAUGCCUGCUUUUUCUGGUUUUAAGACACUUCCAACGAAUUGGUAUUUACUUUGCGAUUUAAACAACACCAUUUGUUACACUGUUAAUUAUCUUGAUUUAAUCGUCGAUGAAUUUAUGUCCGCUUUUUGUCCUGUUAUUUACGAAGCAACGUUUAUCGCUUGGAUUACAUUUGCUUAUUGUGAAUUUGAAAUGGUUAAGUACGCUGUAGAACAGCUUCAAAUCGAUGAAAGAAUCAGUGAAGAUAAGAUAUUGAGAGAAAUCACUAAAAUUUCGGCUCAUCAUGAUAAAGUUUUAAGAUUUUCAAACGAUCUUCGUGAUAACUACUCAAUGCAACUUUUAUAUCACUAUUUUUUGAAUAUGAUCGCAAUUUUUUACAGUAUAGUUAUGGGAAUGCCUAAAGGAUUUCCACCUGAUUUCGAUCAUUUUACACGAUUUGGGAACUUAUUAAUUUGUACUUUAUAUCAAAGUGCUGUUUUUUGUGCUGGUGGUUCAAUUUUACUUGAAGAAAGUAUCACCGUCGCUGAAUCUUUCUACAACAUUAAUUGGUACAUUCGAACUUAUCCAAAGAUUCGACGAACCUUAUCUUUUAUGAUACAAAGAGCACAGGAACCCGCAAAAUUAACCAUUGGAAAAACAAAUACGAUUAAUCUUGAAACGUUUGUUUCUAUUGUUAGAAAUGCUUUUUCUUGUGUAACAUUGUUAAAUUCAGUUUAUGGAAGAGAAGAAAAUGAUUAAGUCUUUUAUGCUCACUCUUAUAUUUUCUUGUACUAAUAAUAAAAAUUGUUUAGUAUUUCUUUUUUAAUUAAUAAAUAUAAUUUUAUUGUAUGAAAACAAUAUACGUUUUCCGUAAAAACCGGUUGUUUCUACCAGUUUAUUUUCAUUAAAAGAUAAUAUUAAUUUUUAGAGAAAUUUUUUCAAUACUUUGAACAAUUUUAAGAGUUGUUCUAUCUGGUUUUAAGGUUUUUUACAAGUUGUUUCCACCAGUUUCUACGAAAAAAGUUGGUAAAGGCGGGCUUAGCGUCGCAGGCCAAGAGUUGGCGAGUUUACUGCGCCACUGAGAACAAGUAUCAUUUCAUUACAAGUGUGCCGUAUUCAGUAUCGUCAGUAUUGUUUGUUAUUGUCAAUACCACAAAAAAGAACACGUAAAUAUAAUAUUUAAAUUUGUACGAUGUCGGAAAAUAAAUAUGUUUAUUACAAUUGCGGAAAAUCGAGGCGUACUAAUCCCGAUUUAAAACUGUAUACAUUUCCUCGCGAUGAGGAACGUUGCCAAACAUGGGCACAAGAUUCAGCAGCAAGAAACCCUACAACUUACCUGGAAAAACACCAAAUCGAUAAUAGAGGCAUCUCCAAUAGACCCCGAGAUCAAAAAAACCUCUGCCCAAAAUGGAUUUUCCACCGGAUGUCGCAAGUGGUGCGGAGGGUUCAUUGACCUGCUCUCCGGAGCCUGACGGUCCAUCUCUCAAUAAGGCUGCUCCUGAUGAGGGACCAUUUUCCAAGUGCAGGGCGUCAUCUCUCUUGUUGAAGGUACUCUUCUCUAUUUCGAUGGACUCGCGGAUGAGUCUGGUCCUCCAAUGUGGAACGUUGGCUAUUUCCAUAUCUGAAGCUGCUGGUUUUCCAUAUAUAAUCAAAAUAAUUUGAUAUUAAAAUAGUAUCAUUUAAGUGUUUGCCUAACCUAUCCUUUGAUAUGGACUCCCUCCGCUGAUAGAAUGAGAGCCAUUCGGCUUGCGUAUACUACAUAUCAAUCCUAUUAUUCCACGUGGAAAAUAACUAUGAUGCUCUGAUCUCAAUGAGAUUUCGUACUUUCAUGGAGGCAUUGUCGUUAGCGAGGCUUACAAACCCUCCAGCAUGCCUAUGAAGUGGGUAUAUUUGCAUCAAGGUUAUUUUCCACGUGGAAUAAUGGAUUGAUAUGUUGUAUGCGCAAGCCGAAUGACUCUCAUUCUGUCAGCGGAAGCAGUCGAUAUCAAAGGAUAUAGGUUCGGCAAACACAUAAAUAAUACUAUUUUAAUAUUAAAUUAUUUUGCACGAAUGUUCUAUCUAUAUGUACAUAUGGUACACUAGCUCAAGAUAUAGAAGUAUUCAAUAUAUUUUCCACGAGGAAUAAUAAUAAAAAUUCCAUAUGUACGUAUAAAUAGAAUAUUCAUGCAAAAUAAUUUGAUAUUAAAAUAGUAUUAUUUAAGUGUUUGCCUAACCUACCAUUUAAAUGACUCUACGUAUCUACCGACUGGAAGUCUGGCCCCCCAAUUAGAAAAAAAUAAUUUUGAUUAAAUUCGCUAUAACUAAAGAACGGUUUUACUGAUUUUGAUGUUUUAUAUCUUAAAUGAAAGCUUGCAUCUGACUGAAUAAUUAUAUGUAAAGUAUAUUGAAGACUUCAAUAUCUGAAGACGCUAGUUUUCCAUAUGUACAUAUACAUAGAAAAAUCAUGCAAAAUAAUUUGAUGCUAAAAUAGUAUUAUUUAAGUGUUUGCCUAACCUACCAUUUAAAUGACUCCACCUAUCUAGCGACUGGAAGUCUGGCCCCCAAUUAGAAAAAAAUAAUUUUGAUUAAAUUCGCUAUAACUAAAGAACGGUUUUACUGAUUUUGAUGUUUUAUAUAUCUUAAAUGAAAGCUUGCAUCUGACUGAAUAAUUAUAUGUAAAGUAUAUUGAAGACUUCAAUAUCUGAAGAUGCUAGUUUUCCAUAUGUACAUAUACAUAGAAAAAUCAUGCAAAAUAAUUUGAUAUUAAAAUAGUAUUAUUUAA